AUGCAGAGGCUCAGCGAUGAGUCGUUGCAGGAAAGGCUGCGAAGCUUGGAGACAGAGUGCCAACAAUUGCGCGACAGCAAUUCCCGGCUGGAGCUGGAGAAUUCCAAGCUGAAGUUGCAAGUGAGCUCUUCACAGGGAUCGCAGUCAGUUUCGGGGAAGCUUGAAUCACCAAGCCGGCUAAACGGCUCGAUCUCCGUGGCAGAGACGCAGCAUCAAGAUUUGCGAAAGCGCAUGCGAGCGAUGAUGGAGGAGCAGCGGCGGUUGGUAGAUGAACUCCAACUCGAGAUUGCGGAGGACAUGGGCCAGCUUCAGGUUCGACCUGGUAAAGAGCACCAGCCGAGGCCGCUUGCAUCAGCAGCUCUGAGUGGGGCAUCCAGAAGUGGCCCGAGCGUGCGGCCCUCCGCACACACCGCACCACGAGACCUUACUGAGCCCCAAGAAGCUGCAGCACCACCAGAGCUUGGUUCCUGGCCGACGGUAUCCCAGCCUUGGCUGUCGUCGAGAGUGCCGGAAAACACAUUGCCAACGAGAACGAGCAACGGUG